ACACUCCCUUAGGCCUGUGUUGAAAUGAGUCAUAAAAGGUUGGCCUUUCACUAAUCUCCCAGACUCAUAGGUGAAGGCUAUGACUCCCUCAGAAGACCAAAUGGUUAAGUUGGGUGGAGCUGCAGCUCUUCGGUUUUUACUAUAAAGUGGAGCAAACCAAGCGAAAGAGGUGUGGGGACUGCUGGACAUCCCCAUGUCACAAAGUCAUACUCCCACCAAACAUCAUGUGCUCCAUCCUCAUGGCUCCACCAGUGUGCAAGGUGCAGCUUUGAGAGAAUCGAACAGAUCAAGGCUGGUUGGAGUACCAACUGCUUCAGACGAUCAUCGAAGCGAAUCACUGAGAGGAAGAGCGGGCUUCAACUGGCUAUCACGCACAUCAGUAAAGAAAAGGUCAAGCAGGAAAAUGGCCCUCUCCCAGAAGCUUUUCUUUGUCCUGUGCCUGGUAGGGCUUGUCUUCAGUCAAGACAUGCCUUAUGAGGAGCUUAUUGCCCAGAUCCAAUCCUGCCCUCAAGAGUGCAGCUGCCCCCAAAACUUUCCUCGUGCUGUCUACUGUGACAAUAGAGGUCUGAAGAGUAUCCCCCAAAUUCCUCCUUACACAUGGUACCUCUAUCUGCAGAACAAUAUGAUUGAAACCCUGCCACUAGAUGCACUGAAGAACGCAACGCAAAUACGAUGGGUGAACCUAAACCGUAACAAGAUCACAGACAAAGGAAUAGAAGAAGGCUUUCUUAGUGCAAUGACAUACCUUGUACACCUGUACAUAGAUGAUAACCUCCUAUCUUCAGUGCCAUCACCCCUACCAGCCAGUCUUGAACAUCUUCGUCUCUCUCGCAAUCGCAUCUCCAAGAUCCCAGGGGGUGUGUUUGUUGGUCUCGAGAAACUCAACCUUCUGGACCUCCAAGGGAAUAAGCUGAUGGACGAUGCUGUGACUGAAGUGAGCUUGAAAGGUCUCAAUAACUUGGUACAGAUCAAUCUAGCCAAAAACCAGCUGAGUCGCAUGCCACUUGGUCUACCACCCACCACCACUCAGCUUUUCCUCGAUGGUAACAACAUUGAGAAUAUCCCAGCUGACUACUUCAAAGGUUUGCCCAAAAUGGCAUUUCUGAGGCUCAACCACAACAAGCUUGGCAGCGGUGGGGUUCCCAAAGAUGUUUUCAACAUCUCCAGCAUUCUAGACUUGCAACUGUCUCAYAAUCAGUUGACUGAGAUUCCCAUCAUUCCCUCGGGCCUUGAACACCUUUACCUAGACCACAACAAGAUCACAAGUGUGAAUGGCUCCAACAUGUGUCCUGUUUCCAUCGACUCUCUGGACAGCUCGCAGAACGAAAGCGUGCCUCGGCUGCGUUUCCUCCGACUGGACGGCAAUGAGAUCAACCCACCAAUUCCCCGGGAUGUAGUCAUGUGCUUCCGCCUCCUUAGGUCAAUCGUUAUCUAAAUAACAAAUUAACAAUAUAAAUGAGCUAAUUUAACUUUCCUUCCAUUGAUGACUGGACUUGAAUGCCGAAUUUGAUGCAGAAAUUUGUAAAACCACACAUAUUUGUUGUUUGUCAAAGAAACUGACAACAUUUUCAUUGUUUGAUCAUAAAAAUCUUCCCUUUUAAAUGGAACUUGAUAGAAAUCUGAACAUUUGUACUGAAGGGUAAAAAAUUUCCAUUCUGAUCAUUUAUUGAAUACUAGUUGUGCCUUAUGUUAGUAGAAACAUGUGAAGUUAUGAACCAAAAUGUGUUACAGCUUACAGUGUGAUUAAAUAAAUAAAAUGUUUUUAUGAAAUUUGGUGAGUUUUAAAGACUGAAUUUGAGUUUACCUUUUCGACUGAGCCAAAACGUCUGAAUUCACAGACCAAAAGGUUUUUGAUUCUCUAUUUUUUGUAGACUUGAAGGCAAACCGAUAGUCUUGUGUGCCAGUUUUUUCUCCCUUUUCAAAAAAUAUCUUGUCAACACUGUAGGUAAUUUAUUUUUUAUUUGAUGUAAGCAAAAAUCAAGAACAUAAAAUCUGAUGAAUAUAUGACCAACCUUCUUUUUUUCCAUGUUUUGUACAAAAGAACACUAACACUUGCCAAUAAUGUUUUUGUUUCUAGUAACUUUUGUUUCUGAAUAAACUGGGAGUUAAUUAAAAACUGUUUGUAAUGUGAAUAAAACUUCUCUGAAUGAAAAUUUA